AAACGUCAAAUUGGCCAUUAGUUUUGAAACAUACAAUAUCCAAAUUAAUAUUUUUAUACUGCCUUUUUUAUUACACGCAAUCUCCAUCUAAAUUCGAAAUUCACUGUAAUUCGGUAAUAGACUUUGAAGGCAAAAUUUUUGGAUAUUCUAUGCCAUGAACCAGGGCCGCGUUAAACAUCUAAUGUUGGUGGUGAAUUUUUCGAAAAUUGAUGUUGCUCCCAGGCUUUUAAGGGAGUAUGCACGUUACCAUUAUCGGAAACUGCAAACGUCCAGUUCAGUUUGCAAGAGUAGCCAGGAUAAUACCAAGGACACGGAUAGUUUUGCGAAUGGCAGCAGUGCCGCCUAUAUAGAAGGUCUAUAUACCAAAUGGUCGAAAAACCCCAGAUCAGUGGAUUCGUCAUGGGAUGCCUAUUUCAGUGGCAAGCCACGUAGUAUAUCCACUACACCGUCACUGUACAAGAAGUCCGAAGUGAGUGCAGAUUCGUCGGCAACUAAAACAACAAAAGAUGCGGCAGCAGCAGCCCCGCCGCCUGCGUCAGCGGGUGGAGUAGCACCAGCAGCAGCAGCAGGAGCACCACCGGCAGCUGACUGGAAAUACAUAGAUGAUCAUCUCACAGUCCAGGCUAUUAUCCGAGCGUAUCAGGUGCGAGGACAUUUAGCUGCCGAUCUGGAUCCUUUGGGUAUUGUUGGACCACCAGGCAUUACCUCGGUAGACGGCAAGAAACGAAAUGCCGCUCAAGCGGUACUGCGCCAGCAUUAUACCUAUGUAUUUAAUGAUCUCAAUGCCACAUUUAAAUUACCAUCUUCCACCAUGAUCGGCGGUGAUGAGCAGUUUCUGCCUUUGAAGGAAAUUUUAGAUCGUCUGGAGCGAGUGUAUUGUGGUCACAUUGGAGUGGAGUACAUGCAAAUUACGUCUUUGACAAAAACCAACUGGAUACGCGAAAGAUUUGAGAAGCCUGGUGCCAUAAUGUUUAAUCCUGAUGAAAAGAAGUUAAUUCUAGAGCGCCUCACGCGUUCCACGGGAUUCGAAAACUUUUUGGCCAAGAAGUUUACGUCGGAGAAACGUUUCGGUUUAGAGGGUUGCGACAUAAUGAUACCCAUCAUGAAGGAGAUCAUCGAUAGAUCGACCAAAUUAGGAGUAGAGUCCAUAUUUAUAGGCAUGGCGCAUCGCGGCCGUCUUAAUGUUCUGGCCAAUAUUUGUCGUAAGCCUAUUCCUGAUAUUUUGUCACAAUUCCAUGGCCUUAAGGCCACCGAUUCGGGAUCUGGCGAUGUGAAAUACCAUCUUGGUCUAUUUACGGAACGUCUUAAUCGAGUGACAAAUAAGAAUGUGCGCAUAACUGUGGUCGCCAAUCCUUCACAUUUGGAGUAUGUGAAUCCGGUGGUGUUGGGCAAGGCACGUGCUGAAAUGUAUCAACGUGGUGAUAGCAAUGGUAGUAAGGUUCUCUCCAUUAUCAUACACGGCGACGCUUCCUUCUGCGGCCAGGGUGUGGUGUACGAGUCAAUGCAUCUAUCGGAUUUGCCAUGCUACACAACUUUUGGCACCAUUCAUAUAGUGGCAAACAACCAGGUGGGUUUCACAACAGAUCCACGUUUCUCGCGCUCCUCACGUUACUGCACGGAUGUCGCUCGUGUGGUCAAUGCCCCAAUCUUUCAUGUGAACGCCGAUGAUCCUGAGGCAUGCAUACACUGUGCUCGCGUCUCUACCGACUAUCGGGCCGAAUUCCACAAAGAUGUCGUCAUUGACAUUGUGGGCUAUCGUCGUAAUGGUCAUAAUGAAGCUGAUGAACCCAUGUUCACUCAACCCCUCAUGUAUCAGCGCAUAAGAAAGCUUCAACCAGUUAUGCAAAAAUAUGCCGAGAAGCUAAUCAAAGAGGGGGUCGUUCAGGAGAAAGAAUAUAAGGACAUGAUCGCAAAAUAUGAGAAAAUAUGCGACGACGCUUUCAUCGAGUCUAAGAAAGUGAAAACCAUCAAGUAUUCUUCGUGGAUCGAUUCGCCGUGGACGGGCUUUUUUGAAGGGCGAGAUCGUUUGAAAGUUUGUCCCACUGGAGUUAGCUUGGAAACCCUUAAUAAUAUUGGUGAGAUCUUCUCGAAUCCGCCGCCUGCCGAGCACAAGUUUGAGGUGCACAAGGGAGUCCUUCGUAUAUUGGCCUUGCGCAAGCAAAUGGUAAAAUCGCAAAUGGCUGACUGGUCUCUGGGUGAGGCUUUUGCCAUUGGCACUUUACUGAAGGAUGGCAUUCAUGUGCGACUAUCUGGCCAGGAUGUGGAGCGGGGAACCUUCUCCCAUCGACAUCAUGUCUUCCAUCAUCAAAGUCAGGACAAGGGUCGAUAUAAUUCCAUUGAGCAUCUAUAUCCCGAUCAGUCACCUUAUGUUGUUUGCAAUAGCUCCUUAUCGGAGUGUGCCAUAAUGGGCUUUGAGCAUGGCUACUCGAUGGCCCAUCCCAAUACACUGGUCAUAUGGGAGGCGCAGUUUGGUGAUUUUGCGAACACAGCCCAAACAAUUAUCGAUUCCUUUAUAGCCAGUGGUGAAACGAAAUGGGUUCGCCAAUCUGGGCUUGUUCUUCUGCUGCCGCAUUCCAUGGAGGGUAUGGGGCCAGAGCAUUCCUCCGGUCGCAUUGAACGCUUUUUGCAGCUAAGCGAUGACGAUCCAGACAUCUAUCCCGAUACUUGUGAUUGUGAUUUCGUAGCUCGCCAACUAAUGGACACGAAUUGGAUUGUGACAAAUCUAUCGACGCCUGCCAAUCUCUUUCAUGCUUUGCGCCGUCAAGUGGCCUUAGGUUUUCGUAAACCGCUAAUUAAUUUUUCACCAAAAUCUGUUUUGCGUCACCCAUUGGCCCGGAGUCCAUUCCGUGAUUUUACCGAAUGCAGUGAAUUUAUGCGAAUAAUACCCGAAACCGGCAAAGCAGGCUGUAAACCUGAUUGUGUGGAAAAGGUUGUCUUUUGUUCAGGAAAGGUCUACUACGAUUUGGUCAAGGAGCGUGAGGAACACGAGCAAGACGAAACUGUGGCCAUUAUUCGCGUAGAACAGGUCUGUCCGUUUCCAUAUGAUUUGAUAACCAAACAAAUUGAACUAUAUAAGAAUGCCGAAUUGAUUUGGUGUCAGGAAGAGCAUAAAAAUCAAGGAUCUUGGUCGUAUGUCCAGCAACGUUUCGAUACCACGCUAAUCAAAAUGGAAGACGAAACCCGGUGUAUAUCCUAUCAUGGACGUCCGCCAAAUUCGGCGCCAUCUACUGGCAAUAAGGUUCGGCAUUAUACUGAAUACAAGAAUUUCAUGACCAGCAUUUUUGGUGAACUCACCGAGGAAAAUAAACAGCGUCUUGAGCGGAUUGUCAAAGAACAGCAAGCGCAGGCUAAGCAGGCCAGUAGUAGCACUAAAGCAAAGACUGUGGGCCAAGGCGAAGACAAAACGAAAGCCAAAUCCAGUAAAGACGACAAGAAGGACGAUAAGAAAGACGACAAGAAGGACGAUAAGAAAGACGAUAAGAAGGCUAAACCUGGAGCAACAACCGCUCCUCCCACUUCUCCUCCAGCAUCACCACCACCGAAACAAGAUAAUAAAUCUCCAACAACGUCGGCGCCCAAAGGUGACAUGAAUCCAGCUGAUAAAACUAAAGGCAAGAUUGACACCAAACAAGAAAAUUCUAAAAAAGCCACUACAGACGAAACCAAUAAAAAUGACGAGAACCUCAAGAAACCGACAAAGUAGUUGGCCACGAGUCGUCCAAUAGUUGAUUAAUGUAUCACUAUAAAAUAUAAAAGAAAAUACAAAUAAAUAAUGUUUUCAUUUCUUG